AUGACCCCAGAAGGCAGUGACAAACCUAUUAAAACAGGAGCAACAGAAGUUCUAGAUUUAGAUGCAAUUACAUUGGUCCCUAAGUUGCCCAAGGCAACUAUUGAAGCAAUAUUAAAUACGACGAAUGUGCCCCCUCCAGCAAUUGAAGUAUCAGAUGACAUCGAUCAGGAGCGAGCCCAUAUUUGGGGUAAAAUAAAAGAGGCCCAACAGGCCGGUGACGAGAUCCUGGUGAAAUAUCUGAUGAACGCCUCUGGUCAAUUUUCAUCCUUCCCCCGCAACGAAACUGUUCAUUGGUUUUUCUUCACUCAACGCCCCGGUUUCUACACAAUGGAUGUCUCACCAAUGGAGCCGCCUACAUUAUUGGCGAAUUUCAAAGAUUUCUUCACAGACGGAACGGUCGAGAGACCGCCAUCUUUGGCGGACCUCGUGUUGCUAGGCGGUUAG